AUGGACGGUGCACUCACCCGGCAGCCAAGAGGGACGAUUAGUGUCGUGGUAGCUCCCAAUAAAGAUAAAUUUACAAAGGGUGCACUGUCUGAGGCUAAAGAAUCUGUAUAUAAUGUUAUCCUUACGGGCAAGGAUGAAAUAUUUAUAGAUUUGUUAGAAGUCGCUG